AUGAAGAAAAACUUCAAAAGAGAAAAUAAAAUUUCAAAUAAUAUGGAAGGAAUUGUCAUGGAUUCCAAUAGAGUGGGAUUGAGACCGGAUUUCGUGGUGACGGUACAGGGAAUUCUGAAAAUUACGGAAAUCAUCUUCUCCAUCCUAUCCUUCGCAACCGCUUCCGGUCAGCCGGACUACAGCGGGCUCGGGUGGGUCGUGUUUACGGGAGUGUUGGGAUUCAUCCUGGCUCUUGGAUUCUUCCUCCUCUACUUCCUCAAUUUUUAUCCCGACGUUCUAGUUCAGUACAAGAUUGAAGUGAUCGCGAACAUGGUGCUGGCGGUCUUCUACUUCAUCGCCGGGAUCGUGGCAGCUGCCGCGGCCGGAAACGCCUGGUUCAAUUCGCGUAUCCGUGGCUGCGCAGGGGCAGCUAGUUUCUUCUCCUUUUUCUCAAUGGUCCUAUUCGCAGUGGACGCCGUCCUCCUCUUCUUCAACCAGCGCACCAUCCCCCACCACACCACCACCACCACAAGUAGCACAAACUCCAACCCGCCACCAGAGUAUACAUCUCAGACUGCCGUGUACUAGCUUGUAGUACAAUGCUCUGUGUGUACUAACUACUUGUAGUACAUUGCUAUGUGUGUGUACUAUCUUGUAGUACAAUGCUCUGUGUGUACUAACUUCAAGUAGGGACUUCUUAAUGCAUGAAGUACUGUACUCUCUUUCUCUUUCUCUCUUUCUCACUCUCUUCUCUCUCUCUCUCUUUCUUUUUUUCUCUCUCUCUUUUCUCUCUCUCUCUCUCUCUCUCUCUCUCUUUCUCUCUCUUUAUAUACACACAUAUAUAUAUAUAUAUUUAUAUAUGUACUUAUAUCAUAUUACUUUUAAGAAUGUGUAUACACUAUAUUAAAUGACGAAUUCAUUAUAAAAUGUCAAUUUGUCAAGAGCCACUUAUUAACGGUGUGAAGUAAUUAUUAUUGUUAUUAUCAUAUUAUUAUUAUUAUUAUUUAAUUUAUGUUUUUAUUUUUAUUGCUACUUUUAUCAGUCAAAUUGCGAUUGUCAUUGUCACACGUACCUAUUUAUAUGUGAUGUGUGUGUGCAUGUGUGUGUGUGUGUACGUGUGUGUGUAGGUGUGUGUGUGUUAUCAAUAUACAUAUUCCAUCCAUUUGUUCAUACACACACACACACACACACAAAAACACACACACAUCACACACACACAAACACACUCACAUAUAUAAUAUAGUAAUCUUUAUUUACAAUGUCUGUGUCUAUUUAAACGAUUCUAUUGAAGUAAAAUAAAAUUAUAUUAUCUAAUAGAUAUACUUUUAUUUCAAAUUAUCUUCAAGUAUCUAUAUUUUUUAUCAAAUUCUUGUAGCUGGCACUGAAAUCUGAAAUCAGUAAAUUAUUAAGGGACACCCCUCUCCCUCUUAUAUGGGUAGAGACCGCCAGGGCCUCCCCAUCGUUAAAUUCGGCGUAGAGAUGGGCCGAUAGGGGACGGCCCUGCCCUCCUAGCGAUGAUGUUUCAUUUUGGGUUAGGGCUCUCCUACAUUAUACCAUUCCUGGCUAUGCGACUUUGUAUGGUGAUGUUAAUUUUUUUUUAUUAUUAUUCUUUAAAUUAUUAUUCUGACAGACGCCGAAACUGUUACAGCAAGCAAGGAAGACAGUAGUACAAAAUUAAACAAAUAAGUAAAAUAAAUAAACGGAGCAAUAAUGUUAUUUAUUAGCCUUUUAAUAAUAUUAAUUUUAAAAUAUAUCUACCUUAAAGAGAGCUUGGAUGAUAAUUAUGUUUUUAUUAUUAUAAAUUAUAUAAAUUAUAUUAUUAUUGUUGUUAUUUAUUAUUACUAAUAAUAUUAUUACUAUUACGAGUCAUCAUGCUUUUAUGACUAAUUAUGUUUUAUUAUUUUAUCGCUCUGUCAUUCGUUCAUUUGUCAUUUCUAUAUUACUACACAUGUACGUAUAUUUAUAUGCCAAUUCUAUUUUUAGAUUACACACACACACACUAACGCACACACCACUAACGCACACACACGCACACACGAAUAAUGCAUUUAUUACGAUUUUAACGAGUAUUUUAUCCAGAUAUGGUGUUCAGGAAGUUUAAUUCAGCACUUAAAAUGCUUUUUAUUUAAUUUUAUUUUUAAAUUUAGUUCAUUAAAAUGUUUUUAAAAUCAACAAAGAUGAUUAUUUUUUCAUUGAAUCUGUCAUUAAUUAACAACGAAUAAGUAUACACAUAGCAAUAAAACCAGUGUUAUUUUUU